AUGUUUGAUGUAAAGAAAAUGUUGAACGUCGAUCUAACGACGGCGCCCAACUCUGUGUUGAUGGACGGCGAUCUGAUCGAGUCGUACGAUUGCCAGCUGGACGCGAGUUGCGACGCGGACUGCGAGCUUUCGUGCCGAACGACCGUGCCGGAAAUCGACCGGCUGACCGCGUUCAGGAAAUUCCGGCAAAUGGCGGACGUGCGGAUCGCCCAAAACGCGUUCAUAUGUGCCAGCGUGGAAGUACACCCGCGCGACACGGCCGUGGCCGCCGACAGCGACGCCGACGGCCUUUACUGCGACGAUCUGACCGACUACCGGACGGUAGACUAUUGGCUGGGCGACCAAAUCAAGCUGAAGGUGUGCAAGACUUUCUUCGCCGGCACCCUAGCCGUGCCCGGUUCCCGUCUGGACGCCGUGCUCAAGCCCGAGACGUAUCAGUGGUUCCGCAAGCACCUGGUCACUACCAGUUAUUCGGCGGGGCAACAGCUGCAGAUGGUCCAAGGCGAUGCCGCCGAUAAUAUGUCAGACGAAGCGUUGACCGAUUUCGUUCUCGAAUCAAGGAAACAGUUGGAUAAGGAUUACGGCGCCUUCGUCGAAGAGUGCGACUCGGACGCAGACGUCAACAUGAGCUCGGUGUACCAGAAGGUGGUCGCACACAUCCAGUCCGUGCCCAGGGUCAUCAGCUCUUGGAAAGACUUGGAUGGCGGCGACAGCAAAACGGUGUACUUCGAGACCAGCGUCGACUACACGGAGAUGUACGCGAAUUACAUGAUCAACUCGGCGGGCGACAGGAAGACGGUCAGUUUGAAACAGUACAAGAAAAUCUACAACAAUUACAUGAAGAACGUUUUCAUGCGCCCGUCGUUGCAUGUCUAAGUGCAUACUUUUUUUUUUUGCUUGUAUUCAGUUUUAUGUUUUCUUCGUGCAUUAUUAUUAAAUAUAAUUACCAUUCCAGCGUAUAGCGUUAUCCAGGCCCGGCGAUUAACACUAUCGUAGGCACUUUUUUUUUCAUUAUUACAUAUAAAAUUCUUGUAACUGAUUCUGUAGCCA